UGGAGGAAAGUUGUGAAACAAGACAAAGUUCUCCAGCAACAACACCAGCUCAUGGAGACAAUAUGGAUGGACUAUCAACGAGCGAUCUAGCAGAAAAUUCAAGAUCGGGGCCAGCUAUGACGAAACUUCCCCUUCAACUCGGUGAUGACUUCCUAGCUAUGCUAGCAAGCGACAUCGAGACCGAGGAGCAAGCCGAGACCCUUGGGCGUGCACUUGGCUUCAAACAAGCCCAAAUCAAUCGCUUCAUGGCCACCAACCGCAUGGGUAAUCAGGUGACUUGUGCAGGAACGAGACAGAUGCUGUUCGCCUGGCGUCAGGGUGUGUCUCCUUCAGACCAACCUGCAAGGUUGAGGGACUCCCUCUUCGAAGCGAGCCUUGUUUCCUUGGCUGAAGCGUACUUCGGGAAGACAAAGCAUACAAGUGAUCCGAAAUCACGACCACUUCUACCAAUGUUUUCCUUCGACUACUGCCUUCAAACGCUAAAAGACCAUUACAAGACCGUCCUGUGCCAAAUACAACGUAGGCCAUGGGACCCUAAUGACUUCGCUGACCUUAAGCACUUAUUUACGGAUAUUAGUCUGUUUAAGUUUGACCGAAGCACAGGACAGGUUGAGAAGACACCCUUGGAAGGUUCUGUAAACGGUAUAUUCGGAACACAGAUCGAUGGUCAGUUCCCAAAACGAAUGCUACUUACGGCACCUGGCGGUCAUGGAAAAACAUGUACAGUUUCCAAGUUGGCUUAUGAUUGGGUGCAUCAGACCGAUGGAUCACCUAUGAAAGGUAUGAAGGCGCUCUUCGUCUUAAAACUGAGGGAAGUUGAGGAAUCAAUGGACCUGGGUGAAGCCAUCAUUUCACAGCUCCUAGGUGACGUUCCUGGAGUUACAUCGGAGUCAGUAGAGAACUUUCUGGAGACCCAUCAAGAGUCAUGCGCUCUCAUAUUCGAUGGAUACGACGAGUUCAAAGGAAGCAUCAAGUCGACCAUCACGAGUCUGACUAAGGUUCUCCGAAACAAGAAGUUUAAGAACUGCAGAGUUCUCGUGACCACUCGACCAUAUCUGGAGGGAGAUUUCAUACAAGGAGAACUCUCAAGAACAUACACCAAGAUGUCUAUUGAAGGAUUCACCCCAGAUUCAUCAGUCGAGUUUAUCAGACGCUAUUUUAAAGCAAGAUCCAAUUCCAACAGUGGUGAAGAACUCGUCAAGUAUCUUAGCCAUAAUUCUUUUCUGGAUAGUUUGAUUCGAGUACCACUGUUCUGUACCAUGGUGUGUCAUCUUUACGAAGUGGAAGCUCUAUCUAACGCCAACUCAAUAACGAGUCUCUUUGAUAACAUAAACCAAUUCUUACUUCAACACGCGUUAGCAAAAGAGGCACCGCCACUGUUACCAAACAAAGUAACAGUCGAAGACGUUCUUCAUGAUCUGGGCAAAUUUGCCUAUGAUGGACUUCAAAGCGAUUGCAGAAAGCUCGUGUUUCAAGUAGAAGAGUUCAAAAAUUAUCGUGAUGCGUACGCAACCGGCAUAAAAAUGGGAAUCCUUUCUGCCUCUAGGAUCGCUGUCAAACACUUGGUCAGUCGCCAAACAUCAAAGACCUCGGUCGAAUUCUUUCAUAAACUGGAACAGGAAUAUUGCGCGAGUGUUUACAUGCGACGACUAGGUCUUGUCGGAGAAAGUCGCUUUUCGAAAAUCAGGGGCCCAUCAAAACUGGAUUUGUUGUUGGCCAGAAAUGUGAACACGGUAGCUAAAACGCUUGAAUUCGAGAAUGUACUUUGUUUCAUCGCAGGUGCAAGUGGACCAGCUUGCCUUGCCGUCUUCAGACACAUUGCCAAUCAGGUAAAGGACUUUGUCCUGUUCUACAAAUGUCGGUUGGUGUUGCGCUGUCUCUUAGAAGCAGAUGAAAGUUAUGUUGAUGACCGGGUGACAAGUGCUUUGAGGAAGUGUUUCUGGGAUGGCAAACUGGAUCUCUACCCCCUUACUGAUGUGAUAAUGAUUGGUUUGGAAAGACUACCAUGUGCUGCAAAGACAGCGAUUACAUCCGUUUCCUUGUGCAGCACACAUCUUUCGAUUGCCAUGACAACCCGAUUGUGGGUUUGCCUGGCUUCUUUUGACAACCUCCACAACCUGUACCUGAACAACGCAUCAGUGAACUUGGCUAGUGGUCAGUCUCUUCCAUGCCUUCAAUUCGUUCGUAGACUGGAGGCUUGGUCCCUUCGAGAGGAGACGUUCAGCCAUCUCACACGGUGUCUUCCAGCUGUGAAGGAUCUAGAGGUCUGGAUCGGGAACGACGACAACGUGGACCAGGCAAUGGAACGGAUCAACCGGAGUCUUCGCCAGAUCGGCCAUACUUUGAGAUGGGUGGAGAUCAAUGGACUGCUCAACAUCAACGGAUCGACCGUAUCGAAGGCGACAUGCGAGGAGUUUGCGCGUACGGUCCAACAGAACUCGACUCAACUCGAGACACUUUGCAUGGUCGAGAUCAAGACGGAAGAUGAGGGCUUGGUCGAGAUUGUACAGUCGUGCAAGGGUGUUGGAACUUUGAAAGAAUUAAGGAUUAAGUGUGAUGAGCACCUCAACAAGGACACUCUCUACACCUUUCUGGAUGACAUCGGCACCAGGAUGGAAUCUUUUGAUGGAUUCCGAAAUAAAAGAUGUAAAUGCAUGAGAGUUAUUGUCAAGCACCCGGAUGAUUCCAUACUUAACUGGAAAGUUCGCAGAUAGGAAUUACAGGAACCUGUGUACCUAAAAGAUUGCUACCAUACCUGCCAGGAUUUUACCAAAAGAGCGGCCUUGUCUAUGGAAGAAUGGAUCAUAUAGAAUGUACAAAGCUGUAUCAUACAGAGGCUUUAGAGGGGAUACAUCUGGGUGCCACCAUUCUGUUUUAUGGUUUUGAACAUUGCACUACGGAUCAUGACUUAACCGACCAAAUUUAGAUACUGAGUUUUGUAUGUUUGGACUAAGAAAAGCUGGUCUUUCUUCUUCAAUUUUAAUGCAGGUCAAUUUAACAAUUAUGAAGUUUGGUAUGUCAUGGAACAUUGUAUGAAGAUGAAUAGGAAGAAUUGCAUGAACUAUGAUUAGAAUUGUGUCAAGAAAUCUAGUUUGGAGUUGUCAGAUAUCUGUAACUUUGAUGGUACAAAACAGGUUCAAGAUCAAGACAACAAAUAUUCAGGGCAUGCCAAAGUCCACAAGGUAUUGAAAUCCUUUUGAUCAUCGGACUUGGCCAAUAUAGUCAGUUUGGAUAUCAAAUGCUUACAUUUCUUAAAAACUCCUGAAAUUAAUUAUAACACUUUAUGGUGUAAAACAUUUGUUACAACUUACUUCAUCCCGUCUUCUUUCAUUUGCUUCCUGUUUACUCCCACUAUUUAUAAAAAGCGCGACCCUUCACUGCAACCAUGCCAUUACUGAGACAAAACACAAUCCCACCGCUGCCACCAUGCCACAACCCCACCGCUGCAACAACGCCAUUAUUGAGAAAAACACAAGCUACCACUGCCACCCUGCCAUUAUUGAGACAAAACACAAUCCCGCCGCUGCCACCAUACCAUUAUUCAGAGACAAAACACAAUCCCACCGCUGCCACCCUGCCAUUAUUGAGACAAAACACAAUCCCAACGCUGCCACCCUGCCAUUAUUGAGACAAAACACAAUCCCACCGCUGCCACCCUGCCAUUAUUGAGACAAAACACAAUCCCACCGCUGCCACCCUGCCAUUAUUGAGACAAAACACAAUCCCACCGCUGCCACCCUGCCAUUAUUCAGAGACAAAACACAAUCCCACCGCUGCCACCAUGCCAUUAUCGAGACAAAACACAAUCCCACCGCUGCCACAACGCCAUUAUUGAGACAAAACACAAUCCCACCGCUGCCACAACGCCAUUAUUGAGACAAAACACAAUCCCACCGCUGCCACCCUGCCAUUAUUGAGACAAAACACAAUCCCAACGCUGCCACCCUGCCAUUAUUGAGACAAAACACAAUCCCACCGCUGCCACCCUGCCAUUAUUGAGACAAAACACAAUCCCACCGCUGCCACCCUGCCAUUAUUCAGAGACAAAACACAAUCCCACCGCUGCCACCAUGCCAUUAUCGAGACAAAACACAAUCCCACCGCUGCCACCCUGCCAUUAUUGAGACAAAACACAAUCCCACCGCUGCCACAACGCCAUUAUUGAGACAAAACACAAUCCCACCGCUGCCACCAUGCCAUUAUUGAGACAAAAUACAGUCACCCCGUUGCCAUCAAACCUUUAUUGAAACAAAACACGAUCCCACCGCUGCCACCAUGCCAUUGAGACAAAAUACAGUCACCCCGUUGCCAUAAAACCUUUAUUGAAACAAAACACGAUCCCACCGCUGCCACCAUGCCAUUAUUGAGACAAAAUACAGUCAACCCGUUGCCAUAAGACCUUUAUUGUAACAAAACCUGAUCCCACCGCUGCCACCAUGCCAUUAUUGAGACAAAAUACGUUGCCAUCAAACCUUUAUUAAAACAAAACACAAUCCCACCACUGCCAUCAAGCCUUUCUUGAAACAAAACACAACCCCACAGCUGCAACCACGUCAUUAUUGAGACAAAACACAAGCUACCACUGCAAUCACGCCAUUUAUCAAGACAAAACACAAUCCCACCGCUGCCACCAUGCCAUUAUUGAGACAAAACACAAUCCCAUCGCUGCAACCAUUCCAUUAUUAUUGAGACAAAACACAACCCCACCACUGCCACCAUGCCAUUAUUGAGACAAAACACUCUCCUACUGCACAAAACACACAAUUCUAAACAUGGGAUACACAGUGCAAAAGCUCUUUUCCAUGCAUUUGACCUAAUGUAUUAAACGACAAUGACCCCACCUAUAUAGACAAAGGCAAAACAUUGACAAUCUUGUGUUUUUGGUUUAAUUUUACUGUUUUUACAGUAGUUCGCAUAUUAUGUAUAGGUACUAUUACAUCAUUUAUUUUAGGCGAAAGGAUUACCUAUUGCAUUCCAUGUACUUCAUUUGCCUAUUUUGUAUAGCAUGAGUUAUAAUUUAUUUAGAAAAUUGCUAUAUUAGGUAUUAUAUAUCUAAACUUCAAA